CAUGCGUCACUGACACUUUCACUACCUGCCACACAAUCCGGUAUUUCACAAGGGGCGAGCGGGACGCAUCAUCCACUUGCGUAUGCGGCUGCUGAGCGGAGGUUGACAGUCUCUCCGUCCUCUGUACUAAACGUAGUAUCACUGAUGGAUGCCACCAUGACGCAGAAAACAUUUAAGCACUGACCGGGACGCUGCAACUUGGACGUUUUAGUAGGAAAUCAACGGUGGGAUGAACAACUGAAGUCACAAAGAGUUUGUCCCAACAUGUCUAAGCCAAUGGAUCACGUCAAACGGCCGAUGAACGCGUUCAUGGUUUGGUCCAGAGCCCAGCGCAGAAAAAUGGCUCAGGAGAACCCGAAGAUGCACAACUCCGAGAUCAGCAAGCGCCUGGGAGCGGAGUGGAAACUUCUCACCGAGUCCGAGAAAAGGCCGUUCAUCGACGAAGCCAAGAGGCUGCGAGCGAUGCACAUGAAGGAGCACCCCGACUACAAAUACAGACCGAGGCGGAAGCCCAAGACUCUGAUGAAGAAAGACAAGUUUUCCUUCCCCGUGCCGUACAACCUCGGGGAGCACGACGCACUCAAAGUUGGCGGACUGUCCGCCGGAGUGCUUUCCGAGUCCAUGCUGGGGAACCCGGACAAGGCUGCGGCCGCCGCCGCCGCCGCGGCUGCGCGCGUCUUCUUCAACCCGUCCAUGACCACGAACCCCUACUCCUUUUUCGACCUGGGAUCCAAGAUGAGCGAGCUUUCCCCCCCCUCGUUUUCCUACGCGUCCCCGCUGGGCUACCCGCCGGGAGGCGCUACGGCUUUUGGCACCGGCGCCGGCGCCGGGGCGCACGCACACACGCACUCGCACCCGAGCCCGGGCAACCCGGGCUACAUGAUCCCGUGUAACUGUUCGGCCUGGCCGUCAGCCGGGCUGCAGCCGCCGCUGGCCUACAUCCUGCUGCCCGGGAUGGGCAAACCUCAACUUGAACCGUACCCUGCAUACGCCGCGGCGUUAUGAUAUAGAUAGAUAGACCCACCCCCCACUGUUGGACUUUUAAGAAAGAAAAAAACAUGAAAUGUGAAUGAAUGAAAAACAAAAAGACGCAAAAGCUAUCCAUGCAAGAGUUUUUAUUAUGCAUGCACAAACUUGUACAUGUGAUGAAGUACUUGUCCUCUCAGAUAUCACAUGUGUAUGUAUAUUGAUUAAUGCCUUUAUCUAUAAGGUCAUGGUUAUUUAGAGAUCUCUAUUCUAUUAUUACUCUGCCAUCACCUCGCGCAACCCCAAGGAAAGUGACUCUACGAUGGGAGGCGUGCAGAAAUUUGAGGUGUGGGUAUCAGAGUCGUUUGUCCCUGUGAAAAAAAAACAACAAAAAAACAAACAAACGGAAAAAAGCUACUUUUUUUUAAAGGUACUCUGGUCGAUUUUUAUCUUUUUUGCACCUGCUUGACUAACCUGUUGGAAUCAAGGGCAGCCAAGCCAAUGCCCCCUAUACUUAUCAGGACCACGACGUUUCCCCCCUCAGACAGAAUCUCGUAGGGUUUUUCAUUCACGGAUCAAGGAGGAUUGCCACGACACUGUAAAUGUGUACAGAUAAAUUGAGUUUAGUUAAUUUGCCGUAUCAGGCCUAGUGUUUUGAGAUAGGGCCAGGAACGUAUUUCACUAGAAAACCCCGUGUAUAUUCUGAGUUUUUAAAACGUUUUAUAGAUGUCUGUAAUAUUUAUUGUUUAGUGGAAUCUAUGGUGACCCGGACAAUUUUAAAAAGAACAAGAUAUUUGCACAUGAAACGUAGAGGAUGUAAUUUAUUUUGAAGGUGUUAUUCAAUUCCGGUUUGAUUCACCAAACCGUCUUUUUUGUUUGUUUGUUUUCUUUGAACAGUACAAAAGAAAAAGUUCAAUUUUAAAUGGAAGUUUAUUCAGUGGGUUUAUUUUUAUUUUUUUAUUUUUUUUAAUGCAACUCCCUCCCACUCCUCGUAUCAUGUGCAGCAGAAAAAAAUGACAUUUUUAUCUAACUCUUAUGGAAUUUGUAUGUUUUGUGUUUUCUUUAACCUGCGUUAUGUACUUCAAACUAUUGCUACUGUUCACUUGUUGAGCAAAAGGACCACAAUAAAGCCUAUUCGGA